AUGCAGUCGCGGUCUACAGCAGAAACCGCCAGUCGCUCCCUCCUCCGCCUUCUCUUGACGUGCGCAGCCCUAAGAGCUGCGACGCUCACGGCCGUUGAGGUGAGCGUCUGUCGGGACGCGACGUAUGAACUCGCGAUAGACGCCGCGUCUUUGUGCGCGGGCGCAGGCGCUGAACCCGCUGGAAGGCACUGCCCGAAAGCAGGCGACGUGGCAGUUGACGACUGUCGUUCGGCCCUUCCGUCGUUCGCGAACGGACGCUGCGUCUCGCCUGAAGACGCGGUGUGUCAAGUGGUGAACGAUAACGAGACGUGGGGCUGCGUGCUGCCCUCUGUGGGCUGCAAUCACACGGAAGUCCAGUCUGAAGCGACAAGUCGGUGUGAGACGUGGGACUUUAGCAGCAAUCACUCGACGGACGGCGUCGAGGUGCUCGAGGAUUCUGCGCGAGACCGGAACGAGAGCUGGUUCAAGAAGACGACAGAGCUGCGGGAGCUCUAUAAGUGCGGGGAGCGACCUACCCCUGCACCUACGAGGAGAGCUCACAGGAGGAAAGUGGACAAGACGGAGACGAACAAGAGGAACCAGACGACGACCAUGUCUUCUGGAUCAGGGGACAGUGACGAUGUAGAACAAGAGGCGGAGGUGGAGGUGCCGGUGAAGAAGGGGACGGAUCGAGAUGUGGUGGAGACAGAGGCAAUGGAAGAUACAGAGGUGCAGAGUACGACGCUUACUUUAGCGCCGAAGUUUGCUGCGACGGUAGCUCCGAGUCUGAUGCCAGGGUCUUUGGGAUGCAACGGGCCGCAAAGUGACGAAGAUGACGAAAAUGUCGAACAAGUAGAUGAACUUGAGGCUGGACAGGAAGAAAGCGCGGCGGGGCACUUCACAACGGUGACUUUUGCAGCUGAAACUGUUUCAAGCUUUGGAAGACUAAGCGAUGAAGUGCUGGCAGCGAUUGCAGCAGUGGUGGCCGUUGCUGCUGUUGUUGUGACUGUUUUUGCGGUGGUCAUUGCAAGGAAGAGACGCCGACUGGAAGGUGCGAAGGAAGAGGGAAGUGCGGAUGUCGGGGACGCCGAGGAUGAGGCUGAAGGGGAACAUGAUGGCGAUGAGAAACAUGAGAGCGAAGGCAUAGACGACAGCAGUGAGAAGGUCGAGAGCGAUGGCAAAGGUGACGGCAGCGUGAAGGACGAGAGCGAAGUCGAUGCCGACACGAGGGUCGAGAGUGAAGGCGACAACGUUGGAAGUGAGACGCGUGCAUUCUCUCUGCUUGUCCCGCCGACACCUGCAGUGUUGCCGGCUAGACUAGCAACGACGCCUGUAUUUGCUGGUGCAAAGGCGAACGUAGCGACGACGCCAACAGCAACAACACCUACAGUGGCGUCCACAGCUGAUGACCUUCCUGCCACGACGUCGGGCGACCAUGCAUUUGAAAGCAUCCAAGAUGGAAGCGGGGACAAUGAAGGUGGCGAAAGUGCAUUGGCAGGUUCGUCCGACACGGGUGAAUGUUGUCGCCACGACGCAUAA